AUGGCAGUACCGUUUUCGAAUACGGGUAAACAAGGUUAUAACAUCAAGUUGGUUACUAGCUCGUUUCCUAGGUUCAGACUUCAGAUCAUAGUGGUUGAAUUUGAGUGUUUAAAAAUGAAUUCCUGUGAUUUAUGUAGAUGUGGAAAAUUAAAAGGGACAUUUAACAACACUAAUUGGGCACGCCACAUUGAAGCUUGCAAAAACAAAAAACGAAAGUUAAAACAUAAUGUUCAAGAUAUUUCAAGUUUUUUUUCUACUAACAGAGAGACAGAAAAUAUUGUUGCUAGUUUUCAAACUAAUGUUGUAGGACCUCAUCCAGCUGUAGAAGAGAGAGAAAAUAUUGUUGCUAGUUUUCAAACUAAUGUUAUAGGACCUCAUCCAGCUGUAGAAGAGAGAGAAAAUACUGUUGCUAGUUUUCAAACUAAUGUUAUAGGACCUCAUCCAGCUGUAGAAGAGACAGAAAAUAUUGUUGCUAGUUUUCAAACUAAUGUUAUAGAACCUCGUCUAGCUGUAGAAGGAGAUAGACAUUUUAACCUAGAAGAAACAUUUAAAAAUGAUCCAGCUAAUUUCAUCAAAAUGACUUCUUUGACUCAUGAAAUUAGGAAUUUAAUUUUGGAAUAUGGUCCAUGUCAACCAUAUUUAAAUGACAUGCCUGAAAAGGUUUUUCCAAAGACUAACAAAAGAAGUUUCAAUGACACUCACUAUUACCGAGUUUAUCCUGAUAAUACUAAACACCAUAGAGAUUGGCUUUCUUAUUCACCGAGUCAAAAUAAAAUUUAUUGCUUACAUUGUUUUUUGUUUGGAACCAAUCUACAUAGUUCCUUAGCUAAAUCUUGGACAAAAGAAGGUUUUAAUUCAUGGAAAAAAUGUAUACAUGCAAUACAAAUUCAUGAAACUUCAGUAGAUCAUGUAACUUCUUCAUUAAAAUUUAAAUUGAGACAAACUAGUGCACCAAUCUUACCAGCCUUUCAACUCCAUAAAAAAACUCAAGUAGCUAUGAACAGGCAAGUUAUUACAGAAUUAGUGGAUAUUGUUUUGUACUUGGCAUAUCACAACCUUGCUUUUAGAGGACAUACAGAUACAUGGAUCCCUAAUAAUCAAAACGGUAAUUUCAAGGAUCUAGUAAUUUUAAUGGCAAAAAACUCUUUACCAUUAUCAAAACACAUACACCGAAUUGAAAGUUCUGGAAAAAAAGAAUACUCUUUUUUAACUUGGCAACGUCAAAACCAACUCAUAGAAUUUAUUUCAGAAGAUAUUUCAUCUCAAAUUCAAUUAGCAAUAAAAAAGUCUCGUAUGUUCAGUAUAUCUGUAGAUUCAACAUUUGAUGCAUCGAGGAAAGAACAAGUGUCUUUUGUGAUUCGGUACAUUGAUGAGUUGUUAGGAGAUGUAUUAGAAAAAGUUGUUGCAGUAAAAGAAUCUCCUGCUACAAGUGGACAAGAUCUAUAUGAUUUAUUUAAAUCGAUUAUGGAAAAACGAAAAUUGCAUUGGAAAGAAGAACUUGUCGGACAAUCCUAUGACGGUGCAAGUAAUAUGUCAGGAAACUAUAAAGGUCUCCAAGCCCGUAUCAAAGAAGAACAUCCUCGAGUAUUGUUUGUUUGGUGCCAUGCACACCGUUUAGCACUUAUAGUCAAACAGGCCGUUUCAUCAGACUCCAAUACAAUAGAUUUAUUUGGUAAUCUAGAAUCUUUAUACGUAUUUAUUUGGUGCUCCAAAAAAAGAGCUGCUUUAUUUCGAGAUAAUCAAAUUGAACAUUCUCAGUUUCAUGCUGUAAAACGUGUAAGUACCACUCGUUGGAGUUCACAUUCAGCAGCUUUAAAUAUUGUAUUAAAGAGCCAUAAUGCAUUAUUGAAAACUUUAAGCCAAAUUAAAGACUACGAGAAAGGUGACCCAGUAAUAGGUUCUACUUGCAGUGGCCUCAUAUUUUAUUGGCUACAAAUAUUCUUCAAAACUCAAUGUCAAAAUUUAUUAAAUUAA